AUGGCAUCUGAGCACCUGGAUAAAAAGAAUACGAAGAACACGGGCUCGGCGCAAACAAGUCCACCAUCCACUGAGGGCUCAGCUCAAACUUCACACUUCUCCACCUCCCUGGUGCCGGCUACGGCGGAGAGCAGGACCUCCAACCCCACUGUGACUAGUCCAGCGCAAAGUUCCAGCGUUACUCUUGACAUCACGUCGAGCCCCGCACAGACCAGUCAAGGACUGGCUUCCACGGAACGUUCCCUGCACACAACAGGGGGAACCACUCUGAAUACUCACUUGUCCACCACCGAGGAAUUGCCCUCAACCAGCCUCACGCAAAAGACUUCCCCCAGCAGCCCACGGCCUUCCACCUCAGAGGGAAGCACUGAGUCCCGCCCAGCCGACAUCACCAGCAGUUCACCAAUGACCUCCACAGAAGUGAGAGGGCCAACGACGGAAAGAACAACACAGGCGACAACCUUCGCCCCCUCUGGGCCAACUCAGACCUCAGCCGUUUCAUCCCCCUCCGGGGAGACUGCAUCCACUGCCUCACCAGCCGCCCAGAGCACCUCAAGCAGGGUCACGCAACAGCUGACGGAAAGUCAGAGCCAAAGCGCCUCCCUCCCUACCACAGCCGAGGGGGAAACAUCAGCGCCUUUUGUCACGCAGGCUUCCACCACUGCCACAAACACGGCCCUGUCCGGAUCCCCGGCGACUACUGUGCUUUCAGCGACGAGCAGGGGCACGGCGCAAACAAGUCCACCAUCCACUGAGGGCUCAGCUCAAACUUCACACUUCUCCACCUCCCUGGUGCCGGCUACGGCGGAGAGCAGGACCUCCAACCCCACUGUGACUAGUCCAGCGCAAAGUUCCAGCGUUACUCUUGACAUCACGUCGAGCCCCGCACAGACCAGUCAAGGACUGGCUUCCACGGAACGUUCCCUGCACACAACAGGGGGAGCCACUCUGAAUACUCACUUGUCCACCACCGAGGAAUUGCCCUCAACCAGCCUCACGCAAAAGACUUCCCCCAGCAGCCCACGGCCUUCCACCUCAGAGGGAAGCACUGAGUCCCGCCCAGCCGACAUCACCAGCAGUUCACCAAUGACCUCCACAGAAGUGAGAGGGCCAACGACGGAAAGAACAACACAGGCGACAACCUUCGCCCCCUCUGGGCCAACUCAGACCUCAGCCGUUUCAUCCCCCUCCGGGGAGACUGCAUCCACUGCCUCACCAGCCGCCCAGAGCACCUCAAGCAGGGUCACGCAACAGCUGACGGAAAGUCAGAGCCAAAGCGCCUCCCUCCCUACCACAGCCGAGGGGGAAACAUCAGCGCCUUUUGUCACGCAGGCUUCCACCACUGCCACAAACACGGCCCUGUCCGGAUCCCCGGCGACUACUGUGCUUUCAGCGACGAGCAGGGGCACGGCGCAAACAAGUCCACCAUCCACUGAGGGCUCAGCUCAAACUUCACACUUCUCCACCUCCCUGGUGCCGGCUACGGCGGAGAGCAGGACCUCCAACCCCACUGUGACUAGUCCAGCGCAAAGUUCCAGCGUUACUCUUGACAUCACGUCGAGCCCCGCACAGACCAGUCAAGGACUGGCUCCCACGGAACGUUCCCUGCACACAACAGGGGGAGCCACUCUGAAUACUCACUUGUCCACCACCGAGGAAUUGCCCUCAACCAGCCUCACGCAAAAGACUUCCCCCAGCAGCCCACGGCCUUCCACCUCAGAGGGAAGCACUGAGUCCCGCCCAGCCGACAUCACCAGCAGUUCACCAAUGACCUCCACAGAAGUGAGAGGGCCAACGACGGAAAGAACAACACAGGCGACAACCUUCGCCCCCUCUGGGCCAACUCAGACCUCAGCCGUUUCAUCCCCCUCCGGGGAGACUGCAUCCACUGCCUCACCAGCCGCCCAGAGCACCUCAAGCAGGGUCACGCAACAGCUGACGGACAGUCAGAGCCAAAGCGCCUCCCUCCCUACCACAGCCGAGGGGGAAACAUCAGCGCCUUUUGUCACGCAGGCUUCCACCACUGCCACAAACACGGCCCUGUCCGGAUCCCCGGCGACUACUGUGCUUUCAGCGACGAGCAGGGGCACGGCGCAAACAAGUCCACCAUCCACUGAGGGCUCAGCUCAAACUUCACACUUCUCCACCUCCCUGGUGCCGGCUACGGCGGAGAGCAGGACCUCCAACCCCACUGUGACUAGUCCAGCGCAAAGUUCCAGCGUUACUCUUGACAUCACGUCGAGCCCCGCACAGACCAGUCAAGGACUGGCUUCCACGGAACGUUCCCUGCACACAACAGGGGGAGCCACUCUGAAUACUCACUUGUCCACCACCGAGGAAUUGCCCUCAACCAGCCUCACGCAAAAGACUUCCCCCAGCAGCCCACGGCCUUCCACCUCAGAGGGAAGCACUGAGUCCCGCCCAGCCGACAUCACCAGCAGUUCACCAAUGACCUCCACAGAAGUGAGAGGGCCAACGACGGAAAGAACAACACAGGCGACAACCUUCGCCCCCUCUGGGCCAACUCAGACCUCAGCCGUUUCAUCCCCCUCCGGGGAGACUGCAUCCACUGCCUCACCAGCCGCCCAGAGCACCUCAAGCAGGGUCACGCAACAGCUGACGGACAGUCAGAGCCAAAGCGCCUCCCUCCCUACCACAGCCGAGGGGGAAACAUCAGCGCCUUUUGUCACGCAGGCUUCCACCACUGCCACAAACACGGCCCUGUCCGGAUCCCCGGCGACUACUGUGCUUUCAGCGACGAGCAGGGGCACGGCGCAAACAAGUCCACCAUCCACUGAGGGCUCAGCUCAAACUUCACACUUCUCCACCUCCCUGGUGCCGGCUACGGCGGAGAGCAGGACCUCCAACCCCACUGUGACUAGUCCAGCGCAAAGUUCCAGCGUUACUCUUGACAUCACGUCGAGCCCCGCACAGACCAGUCAAGGACUGGCUUCCACGGAACGUUCCCUGCACACAACAGGGGGAGCCACUCUGAAUACUCACUUGUCCACCACCGAGGAAUUGCCCUCAACCAGCCUCACGCAAAAGACUUCCCCCAGCAGCCCACGGCCUUCCACCUCAGAGGGAAGCACUGAGUCCCGCCCAGCCGACAUCACCAGCAGUUCACCAAUGACCUCCACAGAAGUGAGAGGGCCAACGACGGAAAGAACAACACAGGCGACAACCUUCGCCCCCUCUGGGCCAACUCAGACCUCAGCCGUUUCAUCCCCCUCCGGGGAGACUGCAUCCACUGCCUCACCAGCCGCCCAGAGCACCUCAAGCAGGGUCACGCAACAGCUGACGGACAGUCAGAGCCAAAGCGCCUCCCUCCCUACCACAGCCGAGGGGGAAACAUCAGCGCCUUUUGUCACGCAGGCUUCCACCACUGCCACAAACACGGCCCUGUCCGGAUCCCCGGCGACUACUGUGCUUUCAGCGACGAGCAGGGGCACGGCGCAAACAAGUCCACCAUCCACUGAGGGCUCAGCUCAAACUUCACACUUCUCCACCUCCCUGGUGCCGGCUACGGCGGAGAGCAGGACCUCCAACCCCACUGUGACUAGUCCAGCGCAAAGUUCCAGCGUUACUCUUGACAUCACGUCGAGCCCCGCACAGACCAGUCAAGGACUGGCUUCCACGGAACGUUCCCUGCACACAACAGGGGGAGCCACUCUGAAUACUCACUUGUCCACCACCGAGGAAUUGCCCUCAACCAGCCUCACGCAAAAGACUUCCCCCAGCAGCCCACGGCCUUCCACCUCAGAGGGAAGCACUGAGUCCCGCCCAGCCGACAUCACCAGCAGUUCACCAAUGACCUCCACAGAAGUGAGAGGGCCAACGACGGAAAGAACAACACAGGCGACAACCUUCGCCCCCUCUGGGCCAACUCAGACCUCAGCCGUUUCAUCCCCCUCCGGGGAGACUGCAUCCACUGCCUCACCAGCCGCCCAGAGCACCUCAAGCAGGGUCACGCAACAGCUGACGGACAGUCAGAGCCAAAGCGCCUCCCUCCCUACCACAGCCGAGGGGGAAACAUCAGCGCCUUUUGUCACGCAGGCUUCCACCACUGCCACAAACACGGCCCUGUCCGGAUCCCCGGCGACUACUGUGCUUUCAGCGACGAGCAGGGGCACGGCGCAAACAAGUCCACCAUCCACUGAGGGCUCAGCUCAAACUUCACACUUCUCCACCUCCCUGGUGCCGGCUACGGCGGAGAGCAGGACCUCCAACCCCACUGUGACUAGUCCAGCGCAACGUUCCAGCGUUACUCUUGACAUCACGUCGAGCCCCGCACAGACCAGUCAAGGACUGGCUUCCACGGAACGUUCCCUGCACACAACAGGGGGAGCCACUCUGAAUACUCACUUGUCCACCACCGAGGAAUUGCCCUCAACCAGCCUCACGCAAAAGACUUCCCCCAGCAGCCCACGGCCUUCCACCUCAGAGGGAAGCACUGAGUCCCGCCCAGCCGACAUCACCAGCAGUUCACCAAUGACCUCCACAGAAGUGAGAGGGCCAACGACGGAAAGAACAACACAGGCGACAACCUUCGCCCCCUCUGGGCCAACUCAGACCUCAGCCGUUUCAUCCCCCUCCGGGGAGACUGCAUCCACUGCCUCACCAGCCGCCCAGAGCACCUCAAGCAGGGUCACGCAACAGCUGACGGAAAGUCAGAGCCAAAGCGCCUCCCUCCCUACCACAGCCGAGGGGGAAACAUCAGCGCCUUUUGUCACGCAGGCUUCCACCACUGCCACAAACACGGCCCUGUCCGGAUCCCCGGCGACUACUGUGCUUUCAGCGACGAGCAGGGGCACGGCGCAAACAAGUCCACCAUCCACUGAGGGCUCAGCUCAAACUUCACACUUCUCCACCUCCCUGGUGCCGGCUACGGCGGAGAGCAGGACCUCCAACCCCACUGUGACUAGUCCAGCGCAAAGUUCCAGCGUUACUCUUGACAUCACGUCGAGCCCCGCACAGACCAGUCAAGGACUGGCUUCCACGGAACGUUCCCUGCACACAACAGGGGGAGCCACUCUGAAUACUCACUUGUCCACCACCGAGGAAUUGCCCUCAACCAGCCUCACGCAAAAGACUUCCCCCAGCAGCCCACGGCCUUCCACCUCAGAGGGAAGCACUGAGUCCCGCCCAGCCGACAUCACCAGCAGUUCACCAAUGACCUCCACAGAAGUGAGAGGGCCAACGACGGAAAGAACAACACAGGCGACAACCUUCGCCCCCUCUGGGCCAACUCAGACCUCAGCCGUUUCAUCCCCCUCCGGGGAGACUGCAUCCACUGCCUCACCAGCCGCCCAGAGCACCUCAAGCAGGGUCACGCAACAGCUGACGGACAGUCAGAGCCAAAGCGCCUCCCUCCCUACCACAGCCGAGGGGGAAACAUCAGCGCCUUUUGUCACGCAGGCUUCCACCACUGCCACAAACACGGCCCUGUCCGGAUCCCCGGCGACUACUGUGCUUUCAGCGACGAGCAGGGGCACGGCGCAAACAAGUCCACCAUCCACUGAGGGCUCAGCUCAAACUUCACACUUCUCCACCUCCCUGGUGCCGGCUACGGCGGAGAGCAGGACCUCCAACCCCACUGUGACUAGUCCAGCGCAAAGUUCCAGCGUUACUCUUGACAUCACGUCGAGCCCCGCACAGACCAGUCAAGGACUGGCUUCCACGGAACGUUCCCUGCACACAACAGGGGGAGCCACUCUGAAUACUCACUUGUCCACCACCGAGGAAUUGCCCUCAACCAGCCUCACGCAAAAGACUUCCCCCAGCAGCCCACGGCCUUCCACCUCAGAGGGAAGCACUGAGUCCCGCCCAGCCGACAUCACCAGCAGUUCACCAAUGACCUCCACAGAAGUGAGAGGGCCAACGACGGAAAGAACAACACAGGCGACAACCUUCGCCCCCUCUGGGCCAACUCAGACCUCAGCCGUUUCAUCCCCCUCCGGGGAGACUGCAUCCACUGCCUCACCAGCCGCCCAGAGCACCUCAAGCAGGGUCACGCAACAGCUGACGGAAAGUCAGAGCCAAAGCGCCUCCCUCCCUACCACAGCCGAGGGGGAAACAUCAGCGCCUUUUGUCACGCAGGCUUCCACCACUGCCACAAACACGGCCCUGUCCGGAUCCCCGGCGACUACUGUGCUUUCAGCGACGAGCAGGGGCACGGCGCAAACAAGUCCACCAUCCACUGAGGGCUCAGCUCAAACUUCACACUUCUCCACCUCCCUGGUGCCGGCUACGGCGGAGAGCAGGACCUCCAACCCCACUGUGACUAGUCCAGCGCAAAGUUCCAGCGUUACUCUUGACAUCACGUCGAGCCCCGCACAGACCAGUCAAGGACUGGCUUCCACGGAACGUUCCCUGCACACAACAGGGGGAGCCACUCUGAAUACUCACUUGUCCACCACCGAGGAAUUGCCCUCAACCAGCCUCACGCAAAAGACUUCCCCCAGCAGCCCACGGCCUUCCACCUCAGAGGGAAGCACUGAGUCCCGCCCAGCCGACAUCACCAGCAGUUCACCAAUGACCUCCACAGAAGUGAGAGGGCCAACGACGGAAAGAACAACACAGGCGACAACCUUCGCCCCCUCUGGGCCAACUCAGACCUCAGCCGUUUCAUCCCCCUCCGGGGAGACUGCAUCCACUGCCUCACCAGCCGCCCAGAGCACCUCAAGCAGGGUCACGCAACAGCUGACGGAAAGUCAGAGCCAAAGCGCCUCCCUCCCUACCACAGCUGAGGGGGAAACAUCAGCGCCUUUUGUCACGCAGGCUUCCACCACUGCCACAAACACGGCCCUGUCCGGAUCCCCGGCGACUACUGUGCUUUCAGCGACGAGCAGGGGCACGGCGCAAACAAGUCCACCAUCCACUGAGGGCUCAGCUCAAACUUCACACUUCUCCACCUCCCUGGUGCCGGCUACGGCGGAGAGCAGGACCUCCAACCCCACUGUGACUAGUCCAGCGCAAAGUUCCAGCGUUACUCUUGACAUCACGUCGAGCCCCGCACAGACCAGUCAAGGACUGGCUCCCACGGAACGUUCCCUGCACACAACAGGGGGAGCCACUCUGAAUACUCACUUGUCCACCACCGAGGAAUUGCCCUCAACCAGCCUCACGCAAAAGACUUCCCCCAGCAGCCCACGGCCUUCCACCUCAGAGGGAAGCACUGAGUCCCGCCCAGCCGACAUCACCAGCAGUUCACCAAUGACCUCCACAGAAGUGAGAGGGCCAACGACGGAAAGAACAACACAGGCGACAACCUUCGCCCCCUCUGGGCCAACUCAGACCUCAGCCGUUUCAUCCCCCUCCGGGGAGACUGCAUCCACUGCCUCACCAGCCGCCCAGAGCACCUCAAGCAGGGUCACGCAACAGCUGACGGAAAGUCAGAGCCAAAGCGCCUCCCUCCCUACCACAGCCGAGGGGGAAACAUCAGCGCCUUUUGUCACGCAGGCUUCCACCACUGCCACAAACACGGCCCUGUCCGGAUCCCCGGCGACUACUGUGCUUUCAGCGACGAGCAGGGGCACGGCGCAAACAAGUCCACCAUCCACUGAGGGCUCAGCUCAAACUUCACACUUCUCCACCUCCCUGGUGCCGGCUACGGCGGAGAGCAGGACCUCCAACCCCACUGUGACUAGUCCAGCGCAAAGUUCCAGCGUUACUCUUGACAUCACGUCGAGCCCCGCACAGACCAGUCAAGGACUGGCUUCCACGGAACGUUCCCUGCACACAACAGGGGGAGCCACUCUGAAUACUCACUUGUCCACCACCGAGGAAUUGCCCUCAACCAGCCUCACGCAAAAGACUUCCCCCAGCAGCCCACGGCCUUCCACCUCAGAGGGAAGCACUGAGUCCCGCCCAGCCGACAUCACCAGCAGUUCACCAAUGACCUCCACAGAAGUGAGAGGGCCAACGACGGAAAGAACAACACAGGCGACAACCUUCGCCCCCUCUGGGCCAACUCAGACCUCAGCCGUUUCAUCCCCCUCCGGGGAGACUGCAUCCACUGCCUCACCAGCCGCCCAGAGCACCUCAAGCAGGGUCACGCAACAGCUGACGGACAGUCAGAGCCAAAGCGCCUCCCUCCCUGCCACAGCCGAGGGGGAAACAUCAGCGCCUUUUGUCACGCAGGCUUCCACCACUGCCACAAACACGGCCCUGUCCGGAUCCCCGGCGACUACUGUGCUUUCAGCGACGAGCAGGGGCACGGCGCAAACAAGUCCACCAUCCACUGAGGGCUCAGCUCAAACUUCACACUUCUCCACCUCCCUGGUGCCGGCUACGGCGGAGAGCAGGACCUCCAACCCCACUGUGACUAGUCCAGCGCAAAGUUCCAGCAUUACUCUUGACAUCACGUCGAGCCCCGCACAGACCAGUCAAGGACUGGCUUCCACGGAACGUUCCCUGCACACAACAGGAGGAGCCACUCUGAAUACUCACUUGUCCACCACCGAGGAAUUGCCCUCAACCAGCCUCACGCAAAAGACUUCCCCCAGCAGCCCACGGCCUUCCACCUCAGAGGGAAGCACUGAGUCCCGCCCAGCCGACAUCACCAGCAGUUCACCAAUGACCUCCACAGAAGUGAGAGGGCCAACGACGGAAAGAACAACACAGGCGACAACCUUCGCCCCCUCUGGGCCAACUCAGACCUCAGCCGUUUCAUCCCCCUCCGGGGAGACUGCAUCCACUGCCUCACCAGCCGCCCAGAGCACCUCAAGCAGGGUCACGCAACAGCUGACGGAAAGUCAGAGCCAAAGCGCCUCCCUCCCUACCACAGCCGAGGGGGAAACAUCAGCGCCUUUUGUCACGCAGGCUUCCACCACUGCCACAAACACGGCCCUGUCCGGAUCCCCGGCGACUACUGUGCUUUCAGCGACGAGCAGGGGCACGGCGCAAACAAGUCCACCAUCCACUGAGGGCUCAGCUCAAACUUCACACUUCUCCACCUCCCUGGUGCCGGCUACGGCGGAGAGCAGGACCUCCAACCCCACUGUGACUAGUCCAGCGCAAAGUUCCAGCGUUACUCUUGACAUCACGUCGAGCCCCGCACAGACCAGUCAAGGACUGGCUUCCACGGAACGUUCCCUGCACACAACAGGGGGAGCCACUCUGAAUACUCACUUGUCCACCACCGAGGAAUUGCCCUCAACCAGCCUCACGCAAAAGACUUCCCCCAGCAGCCCACGGCCUUCCACCUCAGAGGGAAGCACUGAGUCCCGCCCAGCCGACAUCACCAGCAGUUCACCAAUGACCUCCACAGAAGUGAGAGGGCCAACGACGGAAAGAACAACACAGGCGACAACCUUCGCCCCCUCUGGGCCAACUCAGACCUCAGCCGUUUCAUCCCCCUCCGGGGAGACUGCAUCCACUGCCUCACCAGCCGCCCAGAGCACCUCAAGCAGGGUCACGCAACAGCUGACGGAAAGUCAGAGCCAAAGCGCCUCCCUCCCUACCACAGCCGAGGGGGAAACAUCAGCGCCUUUUGUCACGCAGGCUUCCACCACUGCCACAAACACGGCCCUGUCCGGAUCCCCGGCGACUACUGUGCUUUCAGCGACGAGCAGGGGCACGGCGCAAACAAGUCCACCAUCCACUGAGGGCUCAGCUCAAACUUCACACUUCUCCACCUCCCUGGUGCCGGCUACGGCGGAGAGCAGGACCUCCAACCCCACUGUGACUAGUCCAGCGCAAAGUUCCAGCGUUACUCUUGACAUCACGUCGAGCCCCGCACAGACCAGUCAAGGACUGGCUCCCACGGAACGUUCCCUGCACACAACAGGGGGAGCCACUCUGAAUACUCACUUGUCCACCACCGAGGAAUUGCCCUCAACCAGCCUCACGCAAAAGACUUCCCCCAGCAGCCCACGGCCUUCCACCUCAGAGGGAAGCACUGAGUCCCGCCCAGCCGACAUCACCAGCAGUUCACCAAUGACCUCCACAGAAGUGAGAGGGCCAACGACGGAAAGAACAACACAGGCGACAACCUUCGCCCCCUCUGGGCCAACUCAGACCUCAGCCGUUUCAUCCCCCUCCGGGGAGACUGCAUCCACUGCCUCACCAGCCGCCCAGAGCACCUCAAGCAGGGUCACGCAACAGCUGACGGAAAGUCAGAGCCAAAGCGCCUCCCUCCCUACCACAGCCGAGGGGGAAACAUCAGCGCCUUUUGUCACGCAGGCUUCCACCACUGCCACAAACACGGCCCUGUCCGGAUCCCCGGCGACUACUGUGCUUUCAGCGACGAGCAGGGGCACGGCGCAAACAAGUCCACCAUCCACUGAGGGCUCAGCUCAAACUUCACACUUCUCCACCUCCCUGGUGCCGGCUACGGCGGAGAGCAGGACCUCCAACCCCACUGUGACUAGUCCAGCGCAAAGUUCCAGCGUUACUCUUGACAUCACGUCGAGCCCCGCACAGACCAGUCAAGGACUGGCUCCCACGGAACGUUCCCUGCACACAACAGGGGGAGCCACUCUGAAUACUCACUUGUCCACCACCGAGGAAUUGCCCUCAACCAGCCUCACGCAAAAGACUUCCCCCAGCAGCCCACGGCCUUCCACCUCAGAGGGAAGCACUGAGUCCCGCCCAGCCGACAUCACCAGCAGUUCACCAAUGACCUCCACAGAAGUGAGAGGGCCAACGACGGAAAGAACAACACAGGCGACAACCUUCGCCCCCUCUGGGCCAACUCAGACCUCAGCCGUUUCAUCCCCCUCCGGGGAGACUGCAUCCACUGCCUCACCAGCCGCCCAGAGCACCUCAAGCAGGGUCACGCAACAGCUGACGGACAGUCAGAGCCAAAGCGCCUCCCUCCCUACCACAGCCGAGGGGGAAACAUCAGCGCCUUUUGUCACGCAGGCUUCCACCACUGCCACAAACACGGCCCUGUCCGGAUCCCCGGCGACUACUGUGCUUUCAGCGACGAGCAGGGGCACGGCGCAAACAAGUCCACCAUCCACUGAGGGCUCAGCUCAAACUUCACACUUCUCCACCUCCCUGGUGCCGGCUACGGCGGAGAGCAGGACCUCCAACCCCACUGUGACUAGUCCAGCGCAAAGUUCCAGCGUUACUCUUGACAUCACGUCGAGCCCCGCACAGACCAGUCAAGGACUGGCUUCCACGGAACGUUCCCUGCACACAACAGGGGGAGCCACUCUGAAUACUCACUUGUCCACCACCGAGGAAUUGCCCUCAACCAGCCUCACGCAAAAGACUUCCCCCAGCAGCCCACGGCCUUCCACCUCAGAGGGAAGCACUGAGUCCCGCCCAGCCGACAUCACCAGCAGUUCACCAAUGACCUCCACAGAAGUGAGAGGGCCAACGACGGAAAGAACAACACAGGCGACAACCUUCGCCCCCUCUGGGCCAACUCAGACCUCAGCCGUUUCAUCCCCCUCCGGGGAGACUGCAUCCACUGCCUCACCAGCCGCCCAGAGCACCUCAAGCAGGGUCACGCAACAGCUGACGGACAGUCAGAGCCAAAGCGCCUCCCUCCCUACCACAGCCGAGGGGGAAACAUCAGCGCCUUUUGUCACGCAGGCUUCCACCACUGCCACAAACACGGCCCUGUCCGGAUCCCCGGCGACUACUGUGCUUUCAGCGACGAGCAGGGGCACGGCGCAAACAAGUCCACCAUCCACUGAGGGCUCAGCUCAAACUUCACACUUCUCCACCUCCCUGGUGCCGGCUACGGCGGAGAGCAGGACCUCCAACCCCACUGUGACUAGUCCAGCGCAAAGUUCCAGCGUUACUCUUGACAUCACGUCGAGCCCCGCACAGACCAGUCAAGGACUGGCUUCCACGGAACGUUCCCUGCACACAACAGGGGGAGCCACUCUGAAUACUCACUUGUCCACCACCGAGGAAUUGCCCUCAACCAGCCUCACGCAAAAGACUUCCCCCAGCAGCCCACGGCCUUCCACCUCAGAGGGAAGCACUGAGUCCCGCCCAGCCGACAUCACCAGCAGUUCACCAAUGACCUCCACAGAAGUGAGAGGGCCAACGACGGAAAGAACAACACAGGCGACAACCUUCGCCCCCUCUGGGCCAACUCAGACCUCAGCCGUUUCAUCCCCCUCCGGGGAGACUGCAUCCACUGCCUCACCAGCCGCCCAGAGCACCUCAAGCAGGGUCACGCAACAGCUGACGGACAGUCAGAGCCAAAGCGCCUCCCUCCCUACCACAGCCGAGGGGGAAACAUCAGCGCCUUUUGUCACGCAGGCUUCCACCACUGCCACAAACACGGCCCUGUCCGGAUCCCCGGCGACUACUGUGCUUUCAGCGACGAGCAGGGGCACGGCGCAAACAAGUCCACCAUCCACUGAGGGCUCAGCUCAAACUUCACACUUCUCCACCUCCCUGGUGCCGGCUACGGCGGAGAGCAGGACCUCCAACCCCACUGUGACUAGUCCAGCGCAAAGUUCCAGCGUUACUCUUGACAUCACGUCGAGCCCCGCACAGACCAGUCAAGGACUGGCUUCCACGGAACGUUCCCUGCACACAACAGGGGGAGCCACUCUGAAUACUCACUUGUCCACCACCGAGGAAUUGCCCUCAACCAGCCUCACGCAAAAGACUUCCCCCAGCAGCCCACGGCCUUCCACCUCAGAGGGAAGCACUGAGUCCCGCCCAGCCGACAUCACCAGCAGUUCACCAAUGACCUCCACAGAAGUGAGAGGGCCAACGACGGAAAGAACAACACAGGCGACAACCUUCGCCCCCUCUGGGCCAACUCAGACCUCAGCCGUUUCAUCCCCCUCCGGGGAGACUGCAUCCACUGCCUCACCAGCCGCCCAGAGCACCUCAAGCAGGGUCACGCAACAGCUGACGGACAGUCAGAGCCAAAGCGCCUCCCUCCCUACCACAGCCGAGGGGGAAACAUCAGCGCCUUUUGUCACGCAGGCUUCCACCACUGCCACAAACACGGCCCUGUCCGGAUCCCCGGCGACUACUGUGCUUUCAGCGACGAGCAGGGGCACGGCGCAAACAAGUCCACCAUCCACUGAGGGCUCAGCUCAAACUUCACACUUCUCCACCUCCCUGGUGCCGGCUACGGCGGAGAGCAGGACCUCCAACCCCACUGUGACUAGUCCAGCGCAAAGUUCCAGCGUUACUCUUGACAUCACGUCGAGCCCCGCACAGACCAGUCAAGGACUGGCUUCCACGGAACGUUCCCUGCACACAACAGGGGGAGCCACUCUGAAUACUCACUUGUCCACCACCGAGGAAUUGCCCUCAACCAGCCUCACGCAAAAGACUUCCCCCAGCAGCCCACGGCCUUCCACCUCAGAGGGAAGCACUGAGUCCCGCCCAGCCGACAUCACCAGCAGUUCACCAAUGACCUCCACAGAAGUGAGAGGGCCAACGACGGAAAGAACAACACAGGCGACAACCUUCGCCCCCUCUGGGCCAACUCAGACCUCAGCCGUUUCAUCCCCCUCCGGGGAGACUGCAUCCACUGCCUCACCAGCCGCCCAGAGCACCUCAAGCAGGGUCACGCAACAGCUGACGGACAGUCAGAGCCAAAGCGCCUCCCUCCCUACCACAGCCGAGGGGGAAACAUCAGCGCCUUUUGUCACGCAGGCUUCCACCACUGCCACAAACACGGCCCUGUCCGGAUCCCCGGCGACUACUGUGCUUUCAGCGACGAGCAGGGGCACGGCGCAAACAAGUCCACCAUCCACUGAGGGCUCAGCUCAAACUUCACACUUCUCCACCUCCCUGGUGCCGGCUACGGCGGAGAGCAGGACCUCCAACCCCACUGUGACUAGUCCAGCGCAAAGUUCCAGCGUUACUCUUGACAUCACGUCGAGCCCCGCACAGACCAGUCAAGGACUGGCUUCCACGGAACGUUCCCUGCACACAACAGGGGGAGCCACUCUGAAUACUCACUUGUCCACCACCGAGGAAUUGCCCUCAACCAGCCUCACGCAAAAGACUUCCCCCAGCAGCCCACGGCCUUCCACCUCAGAGGGAAGCACUGAGUCCCGCCCAGCCGACAUCACCAGCAGUUCACCAAUGACCUCCACAGAAGUGAGAGGGCCAACGACGGAAAGAACAACACAGGCGACAACCUUCGCCCCCUCUGGGCCAACUCAGACCUCAGCCGUUUCAUCCCCCUCCGGGGAGACUGCAUCCACUGCCUCACCAGCCGCCCAGAGCACCUCAAGCAGGGUCACACAACAGCUGACGGAAAGUCAGAGCCAAAGCGCCUCCCUCCCUACCACAGCCGAGGGGGAAACAUCAGCGCCUUUUGUCACGCAGGCUUCCACCACUGCCACAAACACGGCCCUGUCCGGAUCCCCGGCGACUACUGUGCUUUCAGCGACGAGCAGGGGCACGGCGCAAACAAGUCCACCAUCCACUGAGGGCUCAGCUCAAACUUCACACUUCUCCACCUCCCUGGUGCCGGCUACGGCGGAGAGCAGGACCUCCAACCCCACUGUGACUAGUCCAGCGCAAAGUUCCAGCGUUACUCUUGACAUCACGUCGAGCCCCGCACAGACCAGUAUGUUUUUCACACCCCCAACAUCACAACAGUUCUGCAAGGACGAAGACUGCCACUCUGUUGACCCACAGAACUUCAAAGAUGUUAAAAUUCUUACUUUAACGAGAGGAAGUGUAAUUGUUGAAAGUGUAGCAGAAUAUGUCUAUCCCAAUAAUGCCACACAAAUUAAUUUUCUCAAUCAUUAUUUGGGACCAUUAUUAGAGCAAACCUUUAAGAACCAAAGUAUUACAGACUUGAGACCAUUCUUGAACUGCAGUUUGGAUUUUGCAAACUUAACAAUGGAGAUUUCAGAUGGUGUCUGGAUAUGUGUGGGGCCGUGCAAAACAAACCCCAACUAUUGUCAUCAGCAUGGCCAAUGUCUUAAUGCAAAAACUGGGCCAAUUUGCCAGUGUUAUGAAUCCAGCCUUGAGCAGUACUACGGUCCACAGUGUGACCUGUACCGCAGAGGGGCAGGUUUCUAUGCAAUUCUUUUUGGGAGUCUGGGGGCUGUGGUUCUUCUCCUCGUCAUUCUAACUGUGAUAAUUAUAGUUCUGCGAAGGAAUUCCAGUGGAGUCUGGAGUCACAACAAGUCGGACUCAAGAAGGUUGUCCUUAUUUGAUGAUGACUUCUUUGACUUCUCAGGUAAGGACCAAACAACCUGA